GUAGGUAUCAGCCUAAUGAAUCUAGGGGAGUGGCAAUACAACUAUUGUGCGCAUCUUCGGAAUCAGUUCAAAACAGGAUAUGGAAGUUGGUUUAAGCAGUGCAGCUACUUUUACUUGCAAAUCUUGUGAAAUACACGCGAGCUGGCAAGGAUGCUUCACCUACAGAACCUCAUGAGACGAGGACUGAAAGUCUUCAGGAUGAACGCAACAGCUGGUGCUUGCAGUAAUCUCGCUUCUCCUCCUUUGCCUUUAGCUCUUCAGCACAGAGCCAGAGGCCAGCGGAACGUCAGCACCGGAGACAUGACGGGGAGAAGGGCUGCGCAAAAUUUUCAGGCCGAGACAUUUUAUCGAGAAGAGAAUCACACCAAAAUUGCGAGCAUUUCGCAGCGAAGUGGUGACUGGAUGCUAGAGGUUAAAUGGGACAACGGAAGGAGAGAGUGCUACCCGUACAUUUGGCUCAGAGACAAUUGCCAGUAUGAGCAGUGUUUCCAUCCCACAGCCCACGCGAGGACAGUGGACAUCAAGGAUCUUGACGUUUCGAUUGUCCCAACUUCUGUCAACGUCAUCGAGAAUUCCAGCGCAUUUGAAAUCACCUGGCCAGAUGGACACCUCAGUGCCUACAACAGCGAUUGGCUGCGGGAAAGAUCCUUUGCGAGAGAAGGCAGAAGGAAAAGACAGCAAAUCAGGAGGGGCGACCGAGAAUUAUGGGACGCGAAUCUCCUCCAUAAGCUCCCGACGGCGAAGUACGAGGAGCUCUUGAGUGAAGAUAGCGCUCUCCUGGACUUCAUCGUCACGCUGGAGAAAAUCGGAUUGGUUAUCGUCAGCGGAGCCCCUACGCGCGUUGGGGGCCUCUUGGAGCUAACCAAGCACCUAGGGUAUUGGAAUUGGAGCCAUUACGGCCCCACGUUCUCGGUGAAGACGAGAGUCGACCCGAUUAAUUUGGCGUAUACUUCGGGAGAUCUCCUUCUGCAUACAGAUCUUGCGUGCUUGCAGACAAAGCCAGAGAUCCAGCUGCUUCACUGCAUCGAACAAGCGUCCUGCCGCGGAGGGGAGAACGUCUUGGUCGACUCCUUCAACGUGGCGGAGCAGCUCCGAGACCGUUACCCGGAAAAAUUCGAACUCCUGUCGACGACGCCCAUCGAUUUCAUCGACGUCGGGAACGAAACGAAGCUCAAGAGGUUCUUCGAGCUUAGCAAACAUCCUUUGAUUGAGGUUGAUCGAGAUGGAGAGAUCUGCGCAGUAUCAUCAAGCCACAUGGCGAGGGACUCCCAUUUUAAUGCUCCACUCGAGAGGGUCAGAAACUGGUACGCUGCCAUGCUGACGUUUUAUGACCUUCUGUAUCUUCCAGAGAACACGAUUACGUACAAAAUGAAAGACGGUGAUAUUCUGAUCUUCGACAACUCCCGCAUCAUGCACGGAAGGAUUCCGAAGGAAAGGAUUCCACUUGACGGAGGGCAGCAGAGAGCUCGAGGGGUGUUACUGGGGCUGGGAUAUGGUCACAUCCUGCCGGAGAGUCCUGCAGGUGAAGCAUGGUUUGAUCAAGCCCUAACCACGACCAUUGUGACUACUGCACAUAAAGACAAGCUGAACCCUCCCAUGGCAUCCAUUUAUACGCUUCUAAAUUAUGUCGGAGCUUCAAGAGGACUUCUUAAGCUCCAGAUAGAUUGCCAUUAGGGGGUGAGUUUCCGUUACUGGAGUUAAAUUUUCAUCAGUAUUUUCCAGCAUCCGUGAGCAUGUAAGGAGAUUGAAAAGUAAUGUUGAAAAUAAACAAUUCAAAACUC